AUGUCGUUCAUGGAAAGUCAAGAUGCAGCAAUGUUCAAUCUAGCUGGGUUUACUUUAAACAUCGAGGAACGAGCAUCACUUUUUAAUUCACUUGUAAUUAAGAAAGAGCAGGAAAAACUUCCAAAUAUCUACCUUUGGGGUAAAGUUUUGGGAAUUCAGCAGGACUAUCUGCUUGCUCAGUCAGUCAGCGAGUCUUUGUUUGACCGCAAGUACUACUAUACGUGCGAUAGCAAUAACUGGUUUCAAUUGCCUGAAAUCACACCAGAGGAAGCCAAACUGGCUGAACUGGCUCAUGGCCGUUUUUACGGUGAUCCUUCAUAUGAGCACACUAUUCCAAAAGACUAUUCUGAUCCAAACAGCUCCGAGACAAAGCUUCGUGAAGAAAAGCGUCUUACAGCCCUAAUGUCUAUUAUCAAUUAUCAGGCACAGAUUGUUCCACGUGGUGCCUAUUAUCGUAAUCUAGAUCAUAAAAUUAUCAAGAAUCCCAACUUCCGUGGUCUGGAUACGGAGGACAUGAAAAAUAUUGAUUCUUUUUUGCAUUUCCGAGACGGAUUUGAAGUAACCAGCCGUACGCUAUCUGAGCGUAUCGAAAAAUUUGAUGAUACUAUUGAUAUUUUCGAAUCCAUUGGAAACGACGAGCCAAAAGGAGCGUGGGCAGUGAACGCAGAGCAGGAGGGAACAGCAACGAUUGUUCGCAGUCUACAAUGGCCAGGAUACACGUUUGUUCAUUCAACCUCACCACUGUCGUAUGCAUCGUUUUACUAUGGAACUGGUCAAAAGAACCAUAACAUUGGAUUCAUGCUUUAA